CCUGAAGGACACGAGGAGGGCGAAAUAUUACCACAGCUAAAGCCAACUGUAGGGAUUUUGCAUAUCGAGCUCCGUGCUAGCUGAAGCUACAGGAUCCUGCCAGAGAUCGGCUUGGCGCUGCAUCGGGAUGACGCCGUUGCUCUGGUGCCCCGGCUACAUGACUGGAUCAUCCCUACAACUAUAGCAGACCAUCCAUCCAUUAGUCCAGACAGCUGCACAGCCACAUCUGGACUCUAUCCAAAGGGAGCACAGAGGUCUAUCAUCUCAAAUAACAACAGAAUCCAGAAGAUCAGUCCAAAACAUCCCCGAGGAUAUGACCAUACUGAGCCGACGAGACUAACUGCUCUUGUGGACUGAAGGAAUAAAAUAAUGGCACUGGAAUUUUCAGCCUGAAAGAGCAGUUAUUGAUUAUAGGAGCUUAUCAGAACCGGUUUGUUCAACUGGAAUGAGUCUGUGCAGUUCACUGAUUCAUGCAAAGGUUCCCAAAACACCUGUAGCUACCUCCUGUCAGUUCCUCAGUGAAGGCUUGAGGAAGUGACUGUUUGCAAAAGGUGGUGGCAACUCCCUGUUUGAAGUCAGCAUUACUUUUUCCCCUCCAAAUUCACUACUUCAGGCUGCCUAGUUGAUAGAAAGUCCUGCAAAAAUGACUUCAGAGUGGGGUGAGAAGUCCACGGCAGACCUCAUGAGUAGGUACGUCUCCAAGGAAAUGGGAUACGAGGUUCCCAAGGAGGGUUGGCGUAUCUGCUUGGCACAUGAGUUCAAGGAGAAGAGAAAACCCUUUCAAGCAAAAGAUGUCUCUCUGUCCAACGUACUCGAGCAUGUCGGCCUUGGAGUCAGGUAUCUAAAAUGGUGGUACAAGAAGACCCAGGUGGAAAAGAAGGCUCCAUUCAUUGAUAUGUUUCGUGCCCAACCUUUGCGGCAAAUAUAUGGUGCUCCACUUGGCGGUAUUGGAGGAGGUACCAUCACGAGAGGUUGGAGGGGGGAGUUCUGCAGAUGGCAGCUUAACCCUGGGAUGUAUCACUACAAAACUGUCACAGCCAACCAGUUUACAGUGUGUUUACGUCGUGGAGGACAAACAGUUUACCAGCAGGUGCUAUCGGUGGAGCGUCCACCCACGUUACAAGGCUGGAACUGGGGUUACUGCGGGGAAUAUGCUUUCUAUCAUGCCUUGUACCCUCGUGCCUGGACAGUAUACCACCUGCCAGGACAGAAUGUCACCCUAACCUGCAGACAGGUUUCCCCAGUCAUCCCUCACGAUUACCAGGACUCGAGUCUCCCAGUUGCAGUGUUCGUGUGGGACAUAGAGAAUAAGAAUGACUACGCUCUGGAUGUCUCCAUCAUGUUUACUAUGGUCAACGGAUCAGGACACAAGGACGACAAGAGCGGUGGACACUGGAACGAACCAUUCCACCUGGAGAAGGAGGGGGAGGCGGUGUCUGGAGUCUUGCUACAUCACUGCACCACGGUGAACCCUUACACCUUGUGCAUCGCAGCCCGAGAGCAGCCUGACAGGGAGGUCAGUCACCAGACAGCGUUCAGUCCAAAGGGAACCUGCAGCAGUCUGUGGAGUGACCUGAUCACUGACGGACGGCUGGACUCUCCUACAGGAUCCAGUCCGCCCACGCCUAAAGGAGAGAAGGUGGGAGCAGCAUUAGCUGUUGGCUGCUCUGUGCCGGCUCAGAGUCGUAACACUCUGGAGUUCUGCCUGGCCUGGGACAUGCCCAAAAUCACCUUUGGCUCUAGGGAGAGGGAACACAUCAGGAGAUACGCUCGUUACUUUGGGACCAAAGGGGAUGCUUCCCCCUCACUCAGCCACUACGCCCUGACACACUACAAGCAAUGGGAGAGCAGCAUUGAGGAGUGGCAAAAACCCAUUCUGCAGGACAGUUCUCUCCCGUCCUGGUACAAGUCGGCCCUGUUUAACGAGCUGUACUUUGUGGCGGACGGAGGGACAGUGUGGACGGAGCUGUCGGAGGAUGCUGAUGUCAGUGGCGGCGUGCGCAGCGAGAACGGGGGUCUGCCAGCUCAGCCUACUGUCGUCAAGGAGUACGGCCGCUUUGCUUAUCUAGAAGGUCAGGAGUACAGAAUGUACAACACCUAUGACGUGCACUUCUAUGCGUCCUUUGCACUCAUCAUGCUGUGGCCCAAACUUGCCUUGAGUGUGCAAUAUGAUAUCGCUGGCAGCGUGGUUCAGCAGGACCCAACAGAGAGGCUGCAUCUGAUGAGUGGGCGGUAUUCUCCCGUCAAGUCCAAAAAUGUGGUGCCUCACGACAUCGGAGACCCAGAUGACGAGCCUUGGCAGAGGGUGAAUGCCUACCUUAUCCACGACACUGCAGACUGGAAGGACCUGAACCUGAAGUUUGUCCUACAGGUGUACAGGGACUUUCAUCUCACCCAGGACAACCAGUACCUGCAGGACAUGUGGCCCGUCUGCCAGGCAGUGAUGGAGUCUGAAUUAAAGUUUGACCUGGAUGGAGAUGGCCUGAUAGAGAACUCUGGAUAUGCUGACCAGACUUAUGAUGGCUGGACAGUGACUGGACCAAGUGCAUACUGUGGUGGGCUGUGGCUGGCGUCCCUGUGUGUGAUGUGUAAAAUGGCCAGACUGGUGAACAGCGAGGAGUCAUACCAGCGUUACAGAGACCUCUUGGACAGAGGCAGUGCUGCUUUUGACAAACUGCUGUGGAACGGCAAAUACUACAACUAUGACAGCAGUGGGAGAGACCUUUCCAACAGUGUCAUGUCUGACCAAUGUGCUGGCCACUGGUUCCUCAGAGCAUCUGGGCUGGGAGAUGGAGAAUACCAGGCUUUUCCCAAAGAGAAGAUCCAGACCGCACUAAAAUCUAUCUUUGACUUGAACGUAAUGAGCUUUGCUGGUGGUCAGAUGGGGGCAGUUAAUGGCAUGCGCCCCGAAGGAGUGCCCGACCGCUCCAGUGUCCAGUCAGAUGAGGUCUGGAUCGGAGUAGUGUACGGACUGGCAGCCACUAUGAUCUAUGAGGGUAUGCGGGAGGAGGGUAUGCGCUCAGCAGAGGGCUGUUACCGGACUGCAUGGGAGAGGCUGGGUAUGGCUUUCCAGACUCCUGAAGCCUACUGUGAGAAAGGCAUCUUUCGCUCUCUCGCGUACAUGAGGCCUCUGACUGUUUGGGCCAUGCAGCUCGCCCUCAACACUUCACAGAAGAGUCAGACCCCAUCAGCUCAAACUGGAGACAUAGACAGCUAGGACCUGAGUGAUUAGAUGGUGUGAAAUGAGAAAUACAGCGAGUUCUGCCGAAAGUCACCUUCGAGAUCUCCUGCAGCCACCAAUCUCAUCUGAACUGACACCCUGCAGAGCUCUCUUUGACUGGUUGUGGACCUUGAAUUUAACUGAAUACAGCUCAUUUUGCUCCAGACGGUUUGUCAUUUGAGGCUUGGGAUCAGAAAGGUAGUUUAUGCUUGACAAAGUCAGUAGCUAUGACGUAGCGGUUGAAUUUUUAGAUGACAUUUUUUUGUGAGAGUACGAAUCGGCUCGCUGUUUACGGUGUUAGUCAGGCAGUUUCAAAAUCAUAAUCUGCGUAUAUCGCUAAUUAAAAAUUGAUCUUAUGUUCCAGUAAAUAUGAUCUGUUUGGACACGUGCACACACACAUGGAAACACUACAUUUUACAAUGUACAAUCAUGCCAAUAAUAAUCCUUGCAUACUUGUGAACAUGAAGAUUUUUUUUUCUCCAUUUAAAUUUGAAUGCUGUACAAAGUGAUAUGUGAUGAAUGAUACUGAAAAUUAUGUUGGAAAGAAAUAUUUUUCCCCUUUUUAAAAAAAAAAAAAAAAAUAGGCAUUUAGUGCCUUUUUGCAUGUUGGCAUAAAUCUACAGUAUACAAGUGUAGCAGCAACAUUUACUGUUUUAUAAAACCCAACAUUCAUGACAAUCAUGCUGAAUAAAUGACAGUAUAAGACA